AUGAGGACAAGGCAGACAACUCCCAGAAAAGUAGGGGCUGAAUGUACUGAUUCAAGGACCAUGCAGCAAGUGAAUCCCAAAACAGGGCCUGAAAUUGCUUCAAGGACCAGGCAGCAACUUGCUAAAAAAACAGGGCCUGAAAUUGUUGAUUCAAGGACCAGGCAGCAACAAGGAAAUGAUAAGCAGAAUCCUUCAAGUGCAAGUGCAAAGCAGCAACAAGGAAGUGCAAAGCAGCAACAAGUUUCAAGUGCUAAACAACAAGUUUCAAGCGCUAAGCAACAAGUUUCAAGUGCUAAGCAACAAGCUUCGAGUGCGAAUCAGAAACGUCCUUCAAUUGCAUCUCAGCAACUUCCUUCAAGUGCAAAGCAGAAUACUUCAAGUGCAAAGCAGCAACCUAAGGAGAAACGGGUGGAUGACACUGCUGAUUCAAGGUCAAACCAGAAUCGUAUGAAAAGGGCAAUGAUAGAAGUCGAUGGAAAUUCCGGGACAGGGCAAGGAAGUGGCUUGAAGAAGACAAAACGAAGCCCAAUGUGUAAAUCGACAUCCAUUGAAGAAUUCCUCAAAGAAAAUGGGGAAAAUAGUGAAGAAGAUGAAUGUGAGAAUCUUGAGGAAGAAGAAAAUAUGAUGGGUGAAGAGGAAAACACUCAGCAAAAUGGAAGUAAACAAACUGAAGGGGCAAGUAAGAAAAGGACACGUGGACCAACUAAAUGUUUGAAAAUCCAUGCUAGAAAGAGUGCGGAUCGUGAAGAGGUGGUCUUAGACGAUGAUGGAGAACCUAUUGGACCCAAUGAUCGAACCGUGACAGAUUUGAGUUGUUUCCUUGGCACUGUCGCAAGGAAUUCAGACUUGUGUCCCUUAGUUUUUACUAACUUCAAAGCUUUGAAGAAAGCAAACAAGGACCGUAUAUGGGAAUUUGUCACUGAUAAAUUCAUUAUCCCUGAAAAUGGACGUAGAGCGGUUUUCUCUCGCAUUAAUGAUGCUUGGAGGCGUUUCAAGAAAGAUCUCAAAAAGAGUUGUUUUUUAAAGUACACUACUAUGAGUGAAAGAUUGAAGCAUCGUCCCCAGACCGUACCUGAAGUUCAUUUCAAGCAAUUGAUAUCCUAUUGGAAGAACAAUAACAUCCAAAAAAUUAGCAAAAUCAAUGCUGUGAACAGAGCUAAGCAAAAGUAUAUGCAUCGGAUGGGCCCAACAAACUUUGCGAGGAUUCGUGCAAAACUGCGUGCUAAGAAAGAGGACGGAAAGGAAGUUAGCCAGGCAGAGAUGUUCAUUGAGACUCGACAAAGUCGAAAAGGAAAACAGUCGGAUGAGGAAACUUCAAGUGUAAUUUCUAAGCUUCAAGAAUCAGUUCAGAAUUCAACUGAAUCUGAGACAUUUAACUCCUUGUUUGGGAAAGAAAAAUCUGGACGAGUUCGUUGCUAUGGAAGAACAAUAACACCUACCAUGCUUAAAAGAAAAGAAGAAAUUCUGGUUAUUAAAAGGCAACAUAAUGAUGAAGUGGCUGGCAUGAAGAGGGAGAUGGAUGGUAUGAAGGCGCUAUUUAAGACAAUGAUGAAGCAACAAAACCCACAUAUGAGCGACGACGAGAUCUCUAAUUUGAUGGCAAGUGCUAUGGGCUGUUCCAUUAGUUCUACUGCUGCUCCUGCUGAUCCACAUUCGUCUGCAUCAACUCAUAUUCCGCAUUGCGAACAGGGAAACGAUUCUGAAAUAGGUGGUGGAGAGGAAGCAGAUUGUGAUGAAGAUAUGGAAGAAGCUUGUGAUGAUCAUGAAGAUGUGGAAGGAGGUUAUGCUGAAGAUGUUGAAGAAGGUGGUUGUUCAGAAGAUGUGGAAGAAGAGCAAGGAGAAGAUCAAGAAGAAUAG